GCAGGUUGGGGUUUCUACUCGCCUGGACUAGCCUGUCCAGCAGGCUACACGGCGGCCUGUACGGCUCAGCACGGCGGGCGGGCCGACUGGGACAUUGAAUUCAAUCUGGUCCUUGGUGAAACUGCGAUAGGAUGCUGUCCACAGUCAGGGGCUUUCGGUGUACAAACUUGUCGGCAACACGUGCAUUGCUACUGUCUCAACCGGGACCUCCAUCACAGCGAUCACGGGCGUGUGCUCUGGGUCCGAACUUCAGCGUCGGCGAGCUUACGGUGCCCAACGUCAUCAUCAUCACGCCAUCUGCGACAGGCGCGCCAGCACCCGUGCAGACCGAGACACUCCCAGUAACGCUGUAUGCGCCCAUGUUUCAACUGAACUACCGGUCGUCUGAUCUGGCAGCGCUCUCGCCGUCAACAUCAACAUCGUCGCGUGCCACCACUGGCAGCACAUCGGCACUGAGCAUUAACUCGGAUGCAGCAACCGACUCGUCGUCAGCGUCAGCCCCAGCGGCGUCAGCUCCUGGAUCAUCCAGCCAGCGCUGUCCACUGCAGCGGCACUUGGCCUCGCGGUGGGCGCAGCACUUGGAGGCAUCCUGUCUGCCGCCGUGGUGGCAUGGGUCUGGGUCAAAAGGAGGAGACAGCGAGCUGCGAAUACGGUCGAGCCGGCUGGCACUGGUGGUGGGGGUCACGACAAUACCGACACAAGAUACUAUAAAACAGUAUACCGAGCACGGCUGGGGCACCUCCGAGUUGGAGGCGUCGCAUGGGCUGGCACCUUCCGAGUUGACCGCCGGGACCCCUAGGUUGAACCCGGGCUAUAUUGACCCCAAGUCUGCCGCAGAACUCGGCUAGAACCCCCUGUCUAGACGGGAGCUCCGGGUUGAUAGAUGGAAGGAG